UCGGGACGUCGGAUUUGAAAUUUGCGAUGGCAUUCCGUGGACGAGGACGCGGCCGCGGUGGCGGCGGUGGCUUUGGCGGCCGUGGCAUCAGCGUCGCCGACAUCGUCGGUGGCACCAUGGAAGAGCUGGGAAUCUCGCACACGCAGAUGAUGUCGCUCAACGGCGAGACCACGCCGCUCUUUCCGCCCAUCAAGCUGCCCGCGCCCGCGCCGCUCACCGACUCGGACAAGUAUUUAGUGCACAAGAUGCGCAUUGUCGCCGACCGCAUGGUCAACUUGUACCCGUCGGCUCACCAAAAGACGGACGUCAGCGACGACGCCGAGAUGGUGCACGUGACUGUGCCCGAGAUGGCCAUGGAAGACCCGCUCGUGUGCUUUGUCCCGCGCGAAAUCAACGAGAGCAUGAGCCACGAGCUGCUGACGAGCACGGACGGCCGCGCUGCGAUCUUGCGUCCGCGCGCGUUCGAGCAGACGCUCAAGUCGCUCGAGCAAAAGGAAGGCAAGGCCAAGCCGGACGCUCUCGACGAAGAAGAGGAAGCCGACGAAGACGAAGACAUGGGCGACGAAGAGAUCGAUGACUACCAGCAAGACUACUAUGGCUCGGACGACAAUGACAGCGACGGCGGCUAUGAGGAAGCAUACUAAAUCGGACAAGAAAUCCGCUAAUAUCGUAGAGCUAUCUUGUGUAUAUCUACGCAAAGGCGCU